CCAGAGGUCCGGCGACAGUGCCGGAGUUAGCCAUCCGCCCCAGCCACCGGAGCUCCGCGGGGGGGCGGUAGGAGCUCGGGCUGCCGGCGGGUCGGGAGGAGGCGGUGGCUAGGAGAAGAACAUGAAUCAGCGGCAGCAGCGACGGCGACGGCGGCUGUGGAAAGAGCGCCGUGGCCCAGGAGCGGCCCCGGGGACCCCGCGUUGCUGACGGCUGCGGCGACUCCCGGUCGACGCGGGUCUCAGAGGCACUGGCCCAGCGCCGCCCCCCGGGCGGGCCCCAGCUCUUCCCGCGGCCCUCCUCCUCCUCCUCCUCCUCUUCCUUCUUCCCUUCCCUCCUCUCCACGCUCCCGGGCCGGGCCCGGCAUGGUGCGGCGUCGCCGCCGAUGGCGCUGAGGCGGAGCAUGGGGCGGCCGGAGCUCCCGCCGCUGCCGCUGCCGCCGCCGCUGCUGCUCCUGCUCCUGCUGGUGGGUCUGGCCUCUCUGCUGCUCCCGGAGUCGGCGGCCGCAGGCCUGAAGCUCGUAGGAGCCCCGGUGAAGCUGACAGUGUCUCAGGGGCAGCCUGUGAAGCUCAACUGCAGCGUGGAGGGGAUGGAGGAGCCUGAGAUACAGUGGGUGAAGGACGGGGCUGUGGUCCAAAGUUUGGACCAGAUGUACAUCUCAGUCAGCGAGCAGCACUGGAUUGGCUUCCUCAGCCUGAAGUCAGUGGAGCGUUCUGAUGCAGGCCGGUACUGGUGCCAAGUAGAGGAUGGGGAAGAAAUUGAGAUCUCACAGCCAGUGUGGCUCACAGUAGAAGGUGUGCCAUUUUUCACUGUAGAGCCAAAAGAUCUGGCAGUGCCACCCAAUGCCCCUUUCCAACUGUCUUGUGAAGCCGUGGGCCCCCCUGAACCUGUUACCAUUAUCUGGUGGAGAGGAGGCACCAAGAUUGGAGGUCCUGCUCCCUCUCCCUCCGUUUUAAAUGUAACAGGUGUGACCCAGAGAACAGAGUUUUCCUGUGAAGCUCACAACAGAAAAGGCCUGGCCUCUUCACGACCAGCUAUUGUUCACCUUCAAGCAAGGCCUGCAGCCCCCUUUAACAUCACAGUGACAAAGCUCUCCAGCAGCAAUGCUAGCGUGGCCUGGAUGCCAGGUGCUGAUGGCCGAGCUGUGCUCCAAUCCUGUACAGUCCAGGUCACACAGGCCCCAGGGGACUGGGAGGUCCUAGCUGUAGUGGUCCCUGUACCACCCUUUACCUGCCUCCUCCGGGAUCUGGAGCCUGCCACCAACUACAGCCUCAGGGUGCGCUGUACCAACGCCUUGGGGCCCUCUCCCUACGCUGACUGGGUGCCCUUUCAGACAAAGGGUCUAGCCCCAUCUAGCGCUCCCCAGAACCUCCACGCCAUCCGCACAGAUUCAGGCCUCAUCCUGGAGUGGGAAGAAGUGAUCCCUGAGGGCCCUUUGGAAGGUCCCCUGGGCCCCUAUAAACUGUUUUGGAUUCAAGACAAUGGAACCCAGGGCUUUUCCUCGCUACAGGAUGAGCUGACUGUGGAGGGGACCAGGACCAAUCUGACAGGCUGGGAUCCCCAGAAGGACCUGAUCGUGCGUGUGUGCGUCUCCAAUGCAGUUGGCUGUGGGCCCUGGAGUCAGCCAUUGGUGGUCUCUUCUCACGACCAUGCAGGCCAGGAGGGCCCCCCUCACAGCCGCACAUCCUGGGUGCCUGUGGUUCUGGGUGUGCUGACAGCCCUGGUGACAGCCGCUGCUCUGGCCCUCAUCCUCCUUCGAAAGAGGCGGAAAGAGACACGGUUCGGGCAAGCCUUUGACAGUGUCAUGACCCGAGGGGAGCCAGCUGUUCAUUUUCGGGCAGCCCGGUCCUUCAAUCGAGAAAGGCCUGAGCGCAUUGAGGCCACACUGGACAGCCUGGGCAUCAGUGAUGAACUGAAGGACAAACUGGAAGAUGUGCUCAUCCCAGAGCAGCAAUUCACCCUGGGCCGGAUGUUGGGCAAAGGAGAAUUUGGUUCAGUGCGAGAGGCCCAGCUGAAGCAGGAAGAUGGCUCCUUUGUAAAAGUGGCUGUAAAGAUGCUAAAAGCUGACAUCAUUGCCUCAAGUGACAUUGAAGAGUUCCUCAGGGAAGCAGCUUGCAUGAAGGAGUUUGACCAUCCUCAUGUGGCCAAGCUUGUUGGGGUGAGCCUCCGGAGCAGGGCUAAAGGCCGUCUCCCCAUUCCCAUGGUCAUCCUGCCCUUCAUGAAACAUGGGGACCUGCAUGCAUUCCUGCUUGCCUCCCGGAUUGGAGAGAACCCUUUUAACCUGCCCCUCCAGACCCUGAUCCGGUUCAUGGUGGACAUUGCCUGUGGCAUGGAGUACCUGAGCUCCCGGAACUUCAUCCACCGAGACCUGGCUGCUCGAAAUUGCAUGUUGGCAGAGGACAUGACAGUGUGUGUGGCUGACUUUGGACUUUCUCGAAAAAUCUAUAGUGGGGACUACUAUCGUCAGGGCUGUGCCUCCAAAUUGCCUGUCAAGUGGCUGGCCCUGGAGAGCUUGGCUGACAACCUGUAUACUGUACACAGUGAUGUGUGGGCCUUUGGAGUGACCAUGUGGGAGAUCAUGACUCGUGGGCAGACACCAUAUGCUGGCAUCGAAAACGCUGAGAUUUACAACUACCUCAUCGGCGGGAACCGCCUGAAACAGCCUCCCGAGUGUAUGGAGGACGUGUAUGAUCUCAUGUACCAGUGCUGGAGUGCUGACCCAAAGCAGCGCCCAAGCUUCACAUGUCUGCGAAUGGAACUGGAAAACAUCCUAGGCCACCUAUCUGUCCUGUCCGCCAGCCAGGACCCCUUGUACAUCAACAUUGAGAGAGCUGAGCAACCUACUGAGGAAGGCAGCCUGGAGCUGCCCUGUAGGGAUCAGCCCAGCAGCAGAGCUGGGGAUAUCAGUGGCAUGGGGGCAGUGGGUGCCACCUCCAGUGACUAUCGGUACAUCCUCAGCCCUGGAGGACUGGCCGAGCUGCCUGUACAGGCAGACCAGCAGCCAGAGAGCCCCCUCAAUGAGGCCCAGAGGCUGCUGCUGCUGCAGCAAGGGCUACUGCCCCACAGUAGCUGUUAGCCCACAGGCAGAGGGCAUCCGGGGCCAUCUGGCUGGCUCUGCUAGCCACUGUGCUGCUGACUAAGCCCUAUCUGACCCCAGCCCCAGGCAGCAAGGUGUGGAGGCUCCUGUGGUAGCCCUCCCAAGCUGUGCUGGCACCUGGACUGACCAAAUCGCCCAAUCCCAGUUCUUCCUGCAACCACUCCAUGGCCGGCCUGGCAUUAGUUCAGGCAUUGGCUUGGAGGAGGUGGGCCAGACCUGGUUGCCUGAACCCAGGAAGCUGGCAGGAGGGGUGGUGGUGGUUAUGUUUCCAUGGUUACCAUGGGUGUGGAUGGCAGUGUGGGGAGGAUAGAUCGAGCCCUGUGGGCACCUACCCUCCCAGCUGAUCUGCCCCUGCUGCUUUAGUGCAUGCAUUGAGCUGCCUCCAGCCUGGGGGCUCAGCAGUGCCCACCAUUCUUGGGGUUUAAAUGCCAGAUUUUGCCUUUCCAAGUCAGAGAGAUGCUCUUGUACCAUUAUUCCUUUUUAGGUCAGAGUUGGUAAGGGGUUGAUACAGUUGGGUCCCAAGCCCAGUGGCAAAAGAUGGUGGGACAUUCUCAAGUCUGAAUCCUUGUCACCUUACUGAUUCUCCACUCUGCCUGUACUGGGAGAGGUAUGGGGAGGGUGCUUCUCUGAAUUGAGCCUACCCCUCCACGGCAUGCUGGAGUACCACAGGCCACCAGGGGCCCAUCUUCUUAAGGCAGUGUGCUGAUCUGGCUAGAGGCACAGAGGGCUGGCCCAAGAAUCCAGGGACAGGGAGGUAGGAAGAGUUCAGGAGCCCUUCUCCAAGCUCUCCUGCAGUCUGAGCAUGCUACCAAGUCCCCAGAUAUCCCAACACUAACAAAGGCAGCUGUGUCUGAGCCCAGCCCUUUUCCACAGCAACCCCUUAGUCCCAUCCUCCUACCCUCACUGGACAUCCUCUUCUGUCCCAAGUCCCCAGAGAGAAAAUAGGCCUUAUGGCUGGUAUGGAUGAGGGGGAAUUUCUGGAGCCUGGACCCCAGCCCUGACUGGGGGAGUCUCCUGGAAUGCAUGGGGCCAGCCCUUGCUGUUAGGGACAUUUCCAAACUGUUAGUUGCUGUUUAAAAGCAGAAAUAAAAUUAAAGACUAAAGAAGUAA